AUGAGUAGGGGCCACAAGAGUUUUAAGGUGCCUAAUAGUAAAAACCUAAAUUGCCUAGAAGACACUGUUGGUGGAAUUAUGGACAUCAAAGGUAAUUCUGAUGAGGACUCAGAAGAAGUGAGAACUGUAACUCUGGAGGGGACACAAACAGCAAGAAGCAGUGCCAGAGAAACAGUGGCAGCAGAACCAGAACACCAAAGAGUUUUGGAGGAUUUCACUCUCGAAAAUAUUCUUUCCCACAUUUAUUAUUUUCGUUGUCGUGACUACACAGAGCUACUGGCACAAGUUUAUCUUCUUCCAGACUUCCUUUCAGAGCACUCAAAGGUUCGAUUAGUGAUAGUGGAUGGUAUUGCUUUCCCUUUUCGUCAUGACCUAGAUGACCUCUCUCUCCGGACACGGUUACUAAAUGGCCUUGCCCAGCAAAUGAUCAGCCUUGCAAAUAAUCACAGAUUAGCUGUAAUUUUAACCAAUCAGAUGACAACAAAGAUUGAUAGAAAUCAGGCCUCACUGAUUCCUGCUUUAGGGGAAAGUUGGGGACAUGCUGCUACAAUACGGCUAAUUUUUCACUGGAACCAAAAGCACAGGUUGGCAACAUUGUACAAAUCACCAAGCCAGAAGGAGUCCACAGUACUGUUUCAAAUCACACCUCAGGGAUUUAGAGAUUCUCUUGUUGCUACUGCACAUUCAUUGCCAACAGAAGCUUCACCGAAUUCACGGAAACGGUCACGAGAAUCAGAGAAAGAAGCAGAGUAAUCCAAAAACUCAUCUCAAAGUGUAACAAAUGUAUUGAUACUAUGAGAGUCAGUGUGUACAAGUCAUAGGCAUGUUACUUUGAGAUAUAAACACCCACUAUGGCAUAAAU